AUGUCUAGUUCCAUUCGUGAAGGAAAUGGAUCGAGAAGAUGGGCCGGACAUGUCGAGCCAGAAACUUCUUCCGCUGAGUGCAGUUGUGUCGAGCAGAGGCUAGGGGUGCACUGUGACUCGGAAGAUGAUCCCAGAGGAUCCAUCGGCACGCCAAGUAUACCGGCAUCUCCUACAACGACAAUAGACUCAGAAGAGUCCUUUCAAUGUCGAGGUCUCGAAUAUGACCCGGAGCAACGGUGGUCUAACCCCAUCCCACGAGAGCCGAUCGUCUGGGCUUCCGGAUCAAGGUUGGGCCACAGCAUAAGCAUUCCUGCAUCGGCCGGGACAGUGGCAUCGGAUUCUGAUGAGUCUUUUCAAUGCCGAGGCCUCCAGUGGCAGUACGAGCCUGACCUUCGCCCGCAAGAGUCCAUUUCGGCUUCCGGAUCACGAUCGAGUCGCAGAGGAGGUGGACACUCCAGAAACAUCCCGACUUCGCCUGAAGCAGCGGCCUCGGAUUCGGACGAGUCAUUCCAAUGUCGAGGCCUUUCAUUCCAAAGCCGGCCUGACUAUGGCUCACAAGAGUCGGUUUCCAGGGCUUCAGCAAGAGAUUCCGACGAGUCAUUCCAGUGUCGAGGCCUCUCGUAUCAGAGUCAGCCCGACCUUGGCUCACAAGUUGAAGAGUCAAUUUCCCGGGCUUCAAUAUCAGAUUCUGACGAGUCCUUCCACUGCAGCGGCCUGUCAUAUCAGAGCCUGUCUGAACUGCGCAGGCCGGAUCCCCAGACCUACGCUCCACAUACCCGGACCUCCGCUGGUGCCAUCACUCGCAAGAAUCAUGGAAAGGGUAAAAAUUAUCUAGGAUUGCGAUUAGAUCUGUCUGCUAUUUCUAAUUUCCAGCUCCAAGAGACCGAUUCGGGUCGUGGGCAAGGUUUGAACGAAACCCAGGCCCUGAAUCAAAAAUCCUCAGUUGACCCGCUGGCCUUGCCUCUUACUGCAAGUCCACCAGCCCGUCCCGCGGAGACCUCCCUAACACAAGCCGCCGUACCUAUAUUUGGCAGUUCGAAGCUUCGAACUCUCAAACUAGAGAGGAAAAACCGGCGGAAAGGUCCUCUGCAGGGUAUUAAAACUGCCCUCAAGAGGUUCUUGAGGGUUCCUAAGAGGGACUGA